AUGCCACCACAUCAACAGGCGGGUCGCCCAACACAGACAGUGUUGAUACAGAAGAUCAAUAUCACGUUUGGACAGACUGGCUGCAGCUAUGACACACUCUUUGGCAAAUACCUGGCUGGUGCCACAGUUUACUCGAUCGAAGAUCCUUACAUUCGCGUCAGACAUCAGAUUGAGAACUUUGUUCGUCUCUGUGAGCUCAUCGUCAAGAAGUCCAACAACCAAGGACGUCCUGCACAGAUCAAACUUACAACCUCUACCGAAUCCCCUGCACAAGAAGAGGAAGUUAAGAGUAGUUUACAAACGAUCAAACUGAGUCUGAUGGAACACAAUAUACUGUUUGAUUAUGGAUUCUCAUCAACACUUCACGACAGAUCAAUUGAGGUUAACAAUGGAAUAAUGAUUCGACUGGGUAGAGGACUGGAUUACUUCCAGAAAGCAAAUUCGAAUUGUUGCAUUGGAUAUCAUGAUAUGGACUUUAGACCUUGUAUGGAAACGAUCAUUGAGAUUUAUAAGAUAUAA